AGUUGCUGAUUGUUUUUUCAUAUAAUAAAGCUAUAGUUGAGCAAAGCUUGAGUCAAUAAAAAUGAUGAGAGAGUAGAGACACUAUAGAAAGCAAUAUUAUUCUGGUACAAUACAUCUACUUGUAGCCUUACUGGCAUCAGACAUGCAGGCCCUGCCCAAGCCUGGUGCUGAUGAGCUGGGCUAUCUGCAGCUCACCUCUGAUGGAGCAGUACUUGCUUCACGGGGCACCCUACAGAAUGAUGAGACUACUGCCAAAGCUCUGGCUCAGCUCGUUGCUGUAGCCUGCAGGAGUAAAGUCUUUCCACGACACAUGCAACAGCAGCAACUGUGCAAGAUAACAGUUGUGUAUGAGCACCACUACUAUACAGUUUGUCUUGCCAAUAAGCGUCUACAUAUUGUCAAGAAGAACAUCAAGGCUUCUGGUGAUGCAUCUUCUCCCAACUGAUCCACCUUCUCCCAACUGAUCCACCUUCUCCAUACUGAUCCAUGUUUGUUGUGGCAUCAACUAAUGUAAAAUUUUUAGUUGCUCUUAUUCAGACCAAUAUCUUGCGCAAAACAUUUUACUUCACAUAAAUGGUUCUGCUUAUGAUUAGUCGUUGAACUAAUUAAUAUUGAAUGGUUCAACUGAUGGUAAAUGGUAUUUUUGAUGUUGAAUGUUCAAUCAAAGGAAAAUAGUUUAACUGGAGAUUAUUGGUUCAUAUUGUCUUAAAUGAUUAACCCGCCGAUAAAUGGUUAAUGUAGUUUUGAACUGUUCAACCGAUGUUAAAUGGUUCUACAGACUUCAAAUGAUUCAUAUGAUGUUGAAUAAAUCAAUUGACGGUAAAUGAAGCUUCUGACGUAAAAUGGUUUAAGCAAUGGUAGAUGGUUUGCCUGAUGUCAAAUGCUUCAGCUGAUGGUGAGUAAUUUGAUUGUGAUUAAGUGGCGAUAAGUGGUUUAAUUAAUUGAGAUGAUGCCCACCGAGUUAUUGUUCACUGGAAAUUGUACAUAAGCGCGUUUUUUUAUCAUACAUACAAAUUGAAGUAAACGAUUAGGUCAUUCUUAUCAAGAGAUAUUUUUAAUGAUGCUAAUAAAUGCUUGGCUUAUUGUAGCUAGGAAUUUCAACUAGCCUUAAGUAGUGUUAUGGGGCUCAUCUAAAUGUGUAUUUAGGUAACUACUUAUGUUAGCAAAUGUGUCAUUUUUUUCAUUGCUGCUUUACAUUUUAUUUUGUCGAUAUCUGAACCGAUUAAUUAUUAGGCUAGAGAUUUGCCAUCUUAUUCUAGUUGAACUUUUUUGUCUGCAUAAACUAUGCGGUUAUGCAGACAUUUGUUUUAUGUUCAGUUGCCUACGCUUAAUAAAAUGUUAUUUUCGUAAAUACUGUUGCUUUCCUAGGUGCUGUGGUGAGAAUAAGAGUUCUUAUAACAUUUUGUCUAUUCAUUUCGUGUUUGGUGUGAAUAGAAUGCCCAUUCUUACUUGAAGUUGUUUAUCGUCAUCGUUUGUACAGUGAUUACAAUAUAGAUUUUA